GGAUUUUGGGAUCAGUCAAAAUAUUAUGUUGGCUUCACUGGAGUGAAAGAUGGAACCAUUAAAAAGUUUGUUCUUUGUUCUUCAAGGUCAUAACGGAAUGAAAUACCUCCAUUUUAAUCGCAUCACUAUGACUGAUGGAAUGCUAUCGAAUUCAAGAAUAAGACUAGUUCUUGAAUGCACUGAAAAAUCCAAUGAAUCCAUCUAUUGAUCCAUCAGAGAUCUCAAAGGGUUUCUAUUGUUCGAACCGAUCCAUCAGAAAUUUACUGUUGAUUUUAACAACUAGCCUAGCCUAGAAUAUAAGAACACUUCAUUGCAUUGGCAUAUUGGCAAAUUGGUUUAUGACUGUGACAAGUGACAGCUUGUAAACAAUUUAUUAAGCCGAAAACAAAGUAUAUUAAGAUACAAUUUAUAUAUUCGAUUAAUCGGUUUACUGGAUUGUUACUAAUAGAAAAAAGUAGAAAUUUGUAAUAGUUUUACUAAAAUAGUUCAGAAAUGGCAUUGAGGACAUAUGGAGACAAGCCCAUAAGCUUUCAACUAGAAGAAAAUGGAGAAUAUUAUUGUGUGGGAUCAGAGGUUGGAAACUAUGUCCGACUCUUCCGAGGGUCUCUUUAUAAAAAAUAUCCUGGAAUGUUCAGAAGAUCUAUAACCAAUGAAGAAAGAAGACGAUUGAUAGAUCUUGGCUUGAGCCAACAUGUUUUAGCUAGUAGCGUUUCUUUGUUGAAAGCAACAGAAGUUGAAGAUAUCAUAGAAGGCAAUGACGAGAAGUACAAAGCUGUAUCAGUUCACACGUCUGAACCUCCUGCUCCCAGAGAGAGCAAGUCAAAGAAGAACAUGCAAUGGGUACCUUCCUUACCAAAUUCCAGUCACUUAGAUGCAGUUCCCCAAGCUACACCUAUUAAUAGAAAUAGAGUUGCAUCUAAGAAGGUUAGAACUUUUCCAUUAUGUUUUGACGAUACAGAUCCACAAAUUAAUGUUGAAAAUGCUUGCCAAGGAGAAGUAUUGGUACCUAUAAGACUCGACAUGGAAAUUGAAGGACAAAAAUUGAGAGAUACCUUUACAUGGAAUAAAAAUGAAAGUUUGAUUACCCCAGAGCAGUUUGCUGAGGUUCUUUGUGAUGACCUUGAUUUGAAUCCUCUGACGUUUGUACCAGCUAUUGCACAAGCAAUCAGACAACAACUGGAGGCUUUUCCAGCUGAACCUUCAAGCAUUAUUGAGGAAACUUGCGAUCAGAGAGUUAUUAUCAAACUCAAUAUCCAUGUCGGAAAUACUUCUUUAGUUGACCAGAUUGAAUGGGAUAUGAGUGAAAAACAAAAUAAUGCUGAGGAAUUUGCACUGAAACUUUGCGCAGAACUUGGCCUAGGUGGCGAAUUCGUAACGGCUAUUGCUUAUUCCAUUCGUGGUCAAUUAUCUUGGCAUCAAAGAACAUAUGCUUUCAGCGAGGCACCUUUGCCAACUGUGGAGGUACCUUUCAGGACUCCGAGUGAGUCUGAUCAGUGGGCCCCAUUCUUGGAAACUUUGACUGAUGCUGAAAUGGAGAAGAAAAUCAGAGAUCAAGACAGGAACACACGUAGAAUCCGACGAUUAGCAAAUACUACUCCUGGGUGGUAGAAAAAGUAGAAAUUUUAAUUUUAAGGUUUUACCAAGUUAAAAUAAUUCAAUUUCAAUUAAUUUUAUACAUCAACCCUUAUCCAAUUAUUUUUUCAAUUUGAAGAGUACUUUUUGUGUGAUCACCAUAUUUAAAUUGAUUUGUUGUGGCAUCUUUUGAUUACAUUUACAUGGGCAAAUUAUACAUUUUCCAUUCGA